AUGAGGCGCCACUCAAAGAGCCGGGAACCCCGCCCAGCUCCAUCUACUUCGAAAGAUGGCCUCUCUUCUAUGUUUUCUCGAGUCCCGCUCCUUCAUGGCGUUUCUACGGUAGAGGAGUCUCUGCAGAACUUGACAAUGGGUGAUCAUAUCCCGGGGCUUCUUAUUCCAGUUGCUUUCCUUUCUUCUCUAAGGACUAAUCUACAAAUAUCUACUUUUCCGGAUGAUGCAAGCUAUAACCCUUACUCUCCUUAUGGUAUCUCCAUAGAGAACGGUCUUGACGCAUCAUGCACUCCCCUUUAUGGUUCAUCAGGGAGCCAGGAAGGCUUGCAUUCACUACCAGCCGUCCAGAGACUGGCACGAAGAAACUCUAGGGCCACAAAUCCUUCAUGCGUUGAUUCAGCUGGUACCCUACCUACCGAAUGCCAUCUCGCCGUAUACCCUACGCAGUCCGAGGAAGAAAUUACAUCUGCCCUUGGGCUAAUCUCAGAGAGUGUCUCUCAGCAACGAAUACUGGCCGUCAGAGCAAUCAUUUCACACCCCGCAGUGAUUGCGGCUGGAAUACUAUUUUUCUUAUCGAGUUCUAAAUUUAUUUACUCGGGUUCGCCCGCUGACCUUAUCCUAAUCCUCAGCGUCUGGACGUUGAGCCUCCUUGUUCUGAUCCUGGUGAUCCGCUUUAUGGUCAAGGGAUAUAUGGUCCCAAUCCGGCAGACUCGGGAUAUUAAGUGGCUUUCUCAAGACUCUGUUCAUGGCCUAUCACAUAGACGCGAUGAGGUAUUCGUUGCUCGGGACCCCAACACUGGCAACGGCGAUGAAGGUGGAGAUAUCAUUGGUGUCCUUGUUAUGAGGACCUGUAAGACUGUUACCGACGCCAGUACACCGGGUGUACGACCACGGUCAGCCAGACGGAAGAGCUCUGCUAGAUGGACGGGCAUAAUCCGUGCAUGGACGGUUAGACAGUCCGCUAGAACAAACGGAGUGGGCACAAGGCUACUAGAAGCAGCCACUGCUAAUUGCCGACUUCGGACCCUGGAUGGUCCCAUGUUUGCUGACGAUCAUGCCCAUUCGAAGCGCUUUCUACCAGGGAUAUUUAAUAUCGGUUUUGAUAAGCAAGAUGCAUGGGCACGGAGCUUUCUGAAGCAUACUAUUAUGAAGGAAAGGAACAAGUAA